ACAUCAACAAAACACACACACAAAAAUGCCUUGUGUGAUGUUCAUGUUAUGGCACUACCAAAACAACACCAUACACUGAUCCUUCUUCUUCACCUCCUCUUAAUCACUUUCCCUUUUCUUCCAUUCUUCCUGCAACUGCAACCAACUUGAAUACUCACAAAAUGGCCAACUUCACUCUCAGGCCAAAUAACUCAUGCUUCUUCACCCAAACUCACCGACCACACUCACACACCCCUCUUAUCCAAACCUCUUUUCAACGCUUUCACUUCCACCUCUCAGCACCUUCCAACCUCAGACUCAGAACUGUAUGCAAGAGCACUCAGCAAAAUGUGGAAGAAGCACAGAGAGUGUCAGAAGCCAAGGCCAAAGCUCUCACUGACCUUGAUGACCUGCAGAAUUUGUCAGGUAACUGGCCACCUUGGAAGAAUCUUCCUUCUAGAUACAAAAUCAUCGGCACCACAUCGUUGGCCUUUGUUAUCUGCAACAUGGACAAGGUGAACUUGAGUAUUGCUAUAAUUCCAAUGUCUCAUCAAUUUGGGUGGAACUCAUCAACUGCAGGGUUGGUUCAGUCCUCAUUCUUCUGGGGUUAUGCAUUGAGUCAGCUGCCUGGGGGUUGGCUAGCCAAGAUAUUUGGGGGCAGAAAAGUUCUUCAAGUUGGAGUAUUGAUAUGGUCUGUGGCUACAGCUUGUGUUCCUUUUCUUGCUGGAUAUAUGCCUGGUUUAGCAUUGUCAAGAAUUUUGGUUGGGAUAGGCGAAGGUGUUUCACCAUCUGCUGCUACUGAUCUCAUUGCCAGGUUAAUACCAUUGGAGGAGCGCUCGCGGGCAGUAGCAUUUGUGUUUGGGGGCUUGAGUGUUGGAAGUGUUUUGGGGCUUCUUUUUGCUCCUCCCUUGAUCCAAAAUCUUGGUUGGGAAUCAGUAUUCUAUGCAUUUGGUCUUUUGGGGAUUGCGUGGUUUUUGGGGUUUCAAGUUAUUGAUGGAGGUGAAACACAAUUUACUGCAGAAUCUCUUUCAUCAUCCCGAGGCACCAUGACAAGAUCGUGGAAAACAUCUCUAAAAGAAUUGAAUGGCUCAUUGAAGGAUGUUCCAUGGAAAGCCUUUUUCCAAAGCCGUGCUGUGUGGGCAAUGAUAUAUGCUCAUUUCUGCGGUAGCUGGGGUCACUAUACCUGUCUUUCAUGGCUUCCCACAUAUUUUAGUGAGGCGCUGAACCUAAAUCUGACAGAAGCGGCUUGGGUGUCUAUUCUUCCGCCAAUGGCUUCAGUAUUUGUGACUAGUAUUGCAGCACAGUUAGCUGACAGCUUGAUUUCAAGAGGAGUUGAAACCACUACGGUUCGAAAGAUCUGCCAGUCAAUUGGAUUUUUGUCGCCUGCACUCUGCAUGACUCUUUCCUCGCUAGACCUAGGGUUACCACCUUGGGAGGUUGUGGGCAUUCUAACAGCUGGUUUAGCUCUCUCAAGCUUCGCCCUGUCAGGACUUUAUUGUACCCAUCAAGACAUAUCACCAGAAUAUGCAAGUGUACUUCUGGGUAUAACUAAUACUGUUGGGGCAGUACCUGGAAUUGUAGGUGUAGCCCUCACCGGCUAUCUUCUUGAUUCAACUCAUUCUUGGAGUAUGUCACUGUUUGCUCCAUCAAUCUUCUUCUAUUUGACCGGUACCGUUGUAUGGUUAGUGUUCGCGAGCAGCAAGCCUCAAAGUUUUUCUGAGCAAGACUGACUCGUGUUUGGAUCAUUCAUUACCCUCAACACAGCCUAGAAAGUCAAAAUUUAAGAAAACCUUCAUGCUAAACUGAUUUUUGAAGAGUAUAUACAAAUCAGGUCAUUUUAGUAUAAAGAAAUGAUAGCAUAGGUACAUUACUGGAUGUAUAUUCUUUUUUUUUUCUUUUACUUUAGCUUAUUAUAGCAGUUGUAUAUUUUUCUAUAGAUGAUGCUGGUUGGUCACCAAAAAAUGUAGUGACGUGUUGUAAAUCUUGGAAAGUCAACAAUUUAUUGUAGUUUUCCUUUCCUACCAA